CCAGCCAGGGGAGAGAUGGGUAUUUAGCAUGCUCCAGCUGUGUGCCACAGUCUAGAGCUACAUUUCCCACAUCUUGCGGGCCUGCAGGGAGGACCCCAGCUGACUUCAGUUGUCAUGGAAACCAGGCUAGCCUAGUUUGGAAAAUAUCUCCCCGGGAUUGGAGCAUCACUGGUGGAGGCGAGGCCAGAAGGGCAGACGUUCGGUCACUUCCGCCCAGUCCUGAGCUCGUCUCUGGGCCGCCGUCAGACUCUCCCUACGCCCUCGGCUCUGCUCUGUCUUCAGCGCCCCGGGGCCAGACCCCUAGUCCUGACCGGGCGUCUUCACUUCGUGCGUCCUGGAUUGGGUCAGGGGGCUGCCCGUGAGCCUCUCCCCCACCCCCCAAGGCAGGGCCCUUUGUCUCCAGUUCUGCCUGCUGAGGGCCCAAGGGAAUGGCGCCGGUGUCUCUGCGGGCAGCCAAGGCCCACCAGAGUUUCCCGACGUUCCAGGAUGUGGCCGUGGACUUCACUCCGGAGGAGUGGCGACAUCUGGACCCUGCUCAGAAAGAACUGUACCGAGAUGUGAUGCUGGAGAAUUAUGGAAACCUGGUCUGCCUGGGGUUUGCAGGUCCCAAACCCCCUGUGAUCCACCAGCUGGAGCAAAGAGGAAGGCCAUGGGUGCUGAACGGAGAUGUCCCGGCAAGCUUGUGUCCAGGCUUCCUUACCUUCCUAUCCCACCUAGUGCAGAGUCUGGGGAUCCUGAUAGACACCAAAGGAAUUCUGGAAUGUACUCUAUGGGGUACUCACCCUGGGGAAGCUCAGCGUGAAUGCUCUGGGCCUCCAUCACCCAUGCUAGCGAGCCUGUUGUUCCCACUCUAG